GGCACACAAAGUCUCGCGUGAUUUGGACAUGCCGAGAAGAUAGCACCGUGAGCUAACUGUGUGUGUCGAUCGUUAGCUAUCGUAAUAUCUUAAUGCCGCCAAAAACACACAUUUAGCACAAUUGACAAACGCAUAUAAACAUCCCGGAUAUAUCUUAUGGCGACGGACACGGCGGACCGAGCGCAUGGCCUAUUCUAAAGGCGCAGUGCGUCUGUUUUGUUGGCCUAGUUGGUAACGGUGCCGCUGCUAACAAGCUAGGUUGCUAACAUCCGUUUACACUCGUACAGUAAAACCAGGAAGGAGGGACCAGACGAGCAGUUUGGCCUCAAAGGUUACUCUACUUCUGAAAACAUUAAUUCAUAAACACGAGCCUCGUCCAGUCUUGUGAAAACGGGAAAAGGUUUUACAGAUAUUUCCCUCCAUGGUUAUAAUGUGUCAGUCUUUAGUUUAACAUCAACCCACACAACCCGUCUAGCUACUUUUCAGGGAAAAUAAUAUUAAUACUGGCCUAAGUGCAAAGAUGUCAAAGGCUCCAGAUUCUCCAGCUCGGUCCCGCUCCAGGUCCAAAUCCAGAUCUUACUCCAGAUCUCACUCUAGGAGCCGUUCCCGCUCAAGAUCCAGAAAACGUCGCUAUAGUUCCAGGUCUCGUUCCCGCUCUCGCUCUCACUCUCCGUCCUACAGAAACUAUCCUACCAGGGACUAUCAGAACAACAGAGGUGGGUUCAGAGGCUACAACCGAGGCUACCGGAGGCCCUUCCACUACCGUGGCAGAAACCGAGGCUAUUACCAACGCGGCGGUCAUUACCAGAACCGGGGAGGAGGUGGCGGCUAUGGCUAUAAGGCCAAUUGGCAGGGUGGUGGCGGCGGUGGUGGUGGAGGCUGGCACGAUCGCCACCAUGACCAGGACCACCACUCACACAGUCCCAGGAGGGGGCGCUCACGCUCCCGCACACCCAGGAAGCGCUCAGGCAGCCGGAGCCGCUCCCACUACUCUGACCGCUCGUCUUCGCGAGGAUCUCGACGCUCCAGGCGCUCCAGCUACUCUUCACGGUCCCGUUCCUCAACACCACGUCAUCGCAGCAGCAAGGGCAAGCCUGGCGCCAAGGAUGCUAAGGAAAAGUUAGAAAGUCCAGCUGAGAAAUCAGGUCAGGCAGCAGACGGCAGUGCCAUCGAGAAGGUAUCUGGAGGUAAAUGGAUUGACUAUGACACCAGCCCUAAACGAAUCAGCCCAGAAAUUAAAAAGGAGGAUGCUCCCACUAGUCCUCCUGAUGAGGGCAAAGGACCCGGGAGUGGCGGUCCUCUGUGGAAAACCAUCGGCACCGUGUCCCCUCCAGCAAAGAGUCCCACAAAGUCUGGACAAACGGCCUCCUUCAGCGGCUUUGGGUUCUUCUCAAAGGAAGAUGCCAAAUGUGGAGAUAAGACGGUGAUCUCUGCUGCCUUCAAAAAGUUCUUGGCUGAGAACAAAAGCCGAAAGAUGGCUGCUGAAAAGGAGAAUGGCCGCGAUAAAGAGGAGAGCAACACAGACGGAGAUCUAGAGAAAGGGGACAAGUCUGAAGACCUUUUCAACAUCUCGUCCACUUCUUUCAGCGACUCCAAGGAAGACAAGACCAUGCCUUUCUUUGAUGCUGGAGAAGAGGAGUUCCUGAAGUCUCACGGGCUGAAAGAGAGGGACAUGGAGGAGGAGGGUGAGGUCAAAACAACCCUCACAGCUCGGGACAUUUUCGGGAAAUGGGGGGAUGAGCCAAGCUAUUCAACGCCCUACUCGUCAGGUAAAGAGAAAACCCGGAGAGAUGCUGAAGAGGCAGAGCCCGUAGAUCACAUGGAGGAGGAGUUGUACCGAAGCCGCAAGCACAGCUCCAAGAAGGAGGAGAAGUCCAAGAAGAAGGAGAAGAAGGAAAAGGAGAAGUCCAGAAGGAGUCCGUCCCCUCCUGCAACUUCCAGAGGGAAGGAGCGGCCGCUGUUUCCUGGAGCUUUCCCUCUUCGUGAGGAGUCCCCUGUACGGCAUCUGUCUGCGUCAAGGGACGACUUUGAGCUCAAAAUCGGUUCUCUAGAUGAAAUGCCCAGCUCUUCCCUCUCUAAAGAGCGCCUCAUGCCCCGAGAACUGCCGAAGCCCACUAAGAAAGAUACAGAGUUUCGUUCCAUUUUCCAGCACAUUCAGUCAGCACAGCUCCGUCGCAGCCCCUCUGAGCUGUUUGCUCAGCACAUAGUCUCAAUCGUGCACUACAUCAAAGCUCAACACUUCCAAUCCUCAGACAUGAGUCUAAGUGAGCGGUUUGCCAUGUACCAAAGAAAAGCUGCAGAGGUAGAAAUGAUGAAGCCAAGAAAGAGCCCAGAAAUCCACAGGAGAAUCGAUGUUUCCCCAAGUGCCUUUAAGAGGCACUCUCAGCUGUUUGAGGAUAUGGAGGAGACGAGCUACAAGGAUCCAAGUAAAAAGUUCAAAGGCGACGUGAUGGACCUUCGCCUGGAUAUUGAAAGACGUAAGAGGUUUGGUGGGAAGGAGUACAAGCGUGAAGGAGGCAGGAGCCCCGGAGGCUCCCGAGGACCCAGCAGAGAGAGGUCCUCUGAGAAAUCUGGGAAACACCACAAGAAAUCCAAGAAGGGUAAGAAGAAACGGGAUCGUUCUCCAUCUUCCUCUUCCUCCUCAUCCUCUCCAUCCCCGUGUCCUCCACCUUUCAGAGGUAAAGAGUUCAUGGGAGGAGAGGGGAUGGAGCAAUCGGAGGAGGGCUACAGUCACUCACGUUAUCCUCCACGGGACUACAGUGGGCCCGGAGACAGAGGCCCUCGAGAUUAUGAGGGCCACAACCCAGAGAGAGGCCGAGGCCGUGGAUUUUUCCCCAGAGUCAGAGGGAGAGGGUGGAACAGGGGCAAUUAUCCAGGCAACAACAGCAAUGGAAACCCUGCCAAUAUGAAUCCUGCAGUGCGCCCUCCCGAGGAGGAGUGGGACCCUGAAUACACUCCCAAGAGCAGGAAGUAUUACCUGAGAUCGGAUGAGGUGGAGGUGCCUUUGAAAGACACAGAGGGUGAGGCAGGGAGAAUCAGCACUGGGUUGCAGCAUGAUGAUCGUGAUGGUGAGAAAACCUGGGUAGACAACCGUGGAAGAGGCCGGGGUUCCUUCCCGCCUCGUCGGGGACGCUUCGUCUACCGUAAGGGGGGCAGCAGCCCGAAGUGGACCCACGACAUGUUCCAGGGAGGAGAAGGGGGGGAGCUAGGAGAUGACACCAUAGAAGUAGGCCGUAAAGAAACCAAGAACCCCGGAGACGCCUCCGCUCAGAAGCAGUAGAUCCACUCACUCCAUCAUCAUCUACAUAUUCAUGAGCGUCAUGAGUGUCAGAACGGUUACAGCGAUGAUGGGAUGAAGGGGUUAUUCUCUUCUUUAUUUUACCUUCCACAUCAUCUAAUCAUUUAAUUGUUAAAAAAUGUGUUUAGUGAGUUUGAGCCUUCUCACAGUUAAAGUGAAGAAAGAACUGACUUGAAUGAAGAGCAGCACUCUGUUACUUGUCGUAUGUAAGGUUAGAUUCAUUUCAGAGUCUUUUUUUAAAUGUAAAAGGUGAGUUUUUGUUUUGCAGCUGGUCGACUUAAUUGUAUCUUUUUAAGGAAGAAAAUACUAAGGCAACAAAGAUGAAUAUUCUCUGAAAACAUGACAAAAUAAAUGCAUUUGUGCCUUAGAAAAUGAAUAUAACUAAUAAUACUUGUGUAGUCUCUUCGAAGGUACAGCCCCGGCUAUGAGAGGUACACCUCUACCCGUUUUAAUUGUGGGAAUUUACAUCUUGUUUUUGUUUUUGGGGCUGUGAUAAAUCUUUGAUAUUACUGCAUGAUACGUUUGAUUUAUACUUUGCUCCUCGGGACCAAUCAGUAGUGGGCUCAGGGCUCAUCGUCGUCAAAUAAUCAAAACAUGAAAAAGUUGCUAUCUUUUGAACCCCUGAACGAUUGUUUGUCAUAUCUAUUAUCCAAGCUUUUCCAUAUAGUGCCACUUCACCUGUAGUUCUCUGUAGGAAGUGAAGACAUUUGUAUGUGUGUUGCAGUAUAUUCUCAUUGUGGGUGUUUUCAGUUAAAAAGAAUUGUAAAGAAUUUGGAACCAAAAUCCCUGGAUUUCGAUCAGCUACUGUAGGUUUUCUGAAUCGGUUAUAUCAAUUUAGGCAAGUGGCUACCUUUUUGUUUAGAUUUUAAUAAUAAAAAGGUUAUUGCAAGAGGCUAAUACAUGUAUAGAAUUAAAAUACCUAAAGUAGUGUAAUCAACAUUUCGGGGAAGGAAAAAUAAAAACAAAAUUGGGUUAUUUUUUGUCAAAUACAUAAGUUGCAGUAAAUCUCUUACAAAAAAAAGACCGGUUUAAUCUCAGAGAACCUGAACAUUACAAAAGUGAAGUGAAACCCUAAAAUUUGGGACAAAACAUUUUGUCAAAGGCAUUGAUUAAAGUGUAUAUUUUUAAGAGGCGUUGACGCAACUAGCAGAACUAGUUCUGUGGAUCUCACUGUGCUGCUUCGUCCCACUUUUGACUGUACAUACUGCAUGUACUUAACCGAACUGUAGGGUUUUUGUUUUAAUCUAAGGCUGAAAACUUUUGUACUGUUCUCAAGAGCUUUGGAGUACUUUGUCUUUUAAUUUUAAAUAAAAUUUUCUUUGAUUCAGGGCAA